UUUUCUUUUUUUAUGAAGGUAAAUAAAAAAAAAACAGAACUUGUUUAGAAUAACUAAUAUAAUACAUAUUCACUUUUGAAAUCAAGUGACGUGUGGCAUUAAUGUCUGGUGGGUUGGUGGAUGUUUAUGUUAAAUUGGAGAAGAGCCAAUUUAUUUUAGAUUUCGCUACAGUCGGUUAUCGCAACCAUAUAUAGCGGAUUGUUUAAAUGACAAUAAGUUGGUUAAAAUAUUUUUUCUACUCCCGUCUAUAAAAUACCUAAUUACCCAUCGAUCUAGUGUGCGGGAUGCGUCACUUUACCACGUCACUUUCGUUUCCCAUGAUUCCGAGCUACUUCGGACAUUUCCGGAUUUUACCGCACGGAUUUGGGAGCAAUCGGAUGUUUUCGGAGAUAUUUCCCACGCUUUGAAUUUUGACGUUUGUCAAUUCUAACAGUGAAUGUAUUCGUGUUGUUUUGCGACAAUGUACCCAAAUACUAACGGUCGUAGAAAAAGUAUAGUAUGCACGUUCGAUAAACUUUUUAACUUACUCGUUUAUUAAACACUCGCUCCGCUCGUAUCAAAUAAACUUGUGAGUCAAAUGCCGUUUACCGCACUUGUUGCAUAAUAUACUAUAGAUUGUUUUAUUUGGAUGACCCUAAGCGUAUUCUGCCCUUGUCCCCUGUCACAGUUUAUAUUCCAUUGUCCAUUACAAUGACGCUAUUAGGAGGAAUGCUUGAAACUCGUUUGUUUUAAACCAACUUUCAAAUAAAUCAGCGCUGGUGUCUUUUUGGUAAUCCAGAGAAGAAUCUUUAAUAUUUUUCGCAGACAACCCAACCCUUUUCCGAGGUAUUAUAAGUGUCGAACCAGGUUUCAUCCAAGUAAAUAAUUGGCUUUUGUUGUUCUCUGUAAAUCCUAUUUUUCCUAGAUAUUCCAGUCACAAUUUCCGAAUUCUAAAAGAUUCUAUUAAAACUUAACUUUUGUCAAUUCUUUUAAAUCUAAAACCCAUGAGUUGAAUACACUUCCAUAAGGUAGUUCUGCCACAUAUAACACCGGUUUCAUCUUUUUCAAGACUCCUAAUGUAGGCACGCUUUGUUCCUCGUAUAACUAGUAAAUUUUACGCCGUAUUAUAUCUUGAUCACUUUCAUCUACACUCGAGAAAAUGUCAGCAUCGCUUCUUUUUUUUCUCGCUGAAAUGGGAUUAUUCAUCAUUCACUCAUGAGAGUCAAAUAAACAUUGCUUAUAACUUCCUUAGUCUCAAUAGAAUAGUUUUCUACAUUUGGGCGGGAUUAUCUCCUGAAAUACACUAAACUCGCACAUAUUUUGCAUAAUUCGCACACCAUUCAACACGCGCUGUAUUACACACUAAAUAAGAAUGAUUACAAAUAAACGUAAACUAAGUAGUAUACCAAACCAAAGAAUAUUAAACACAGGUAGGUAUAAAAUUAUUUUCUAUUACGGACCACAAUUUUACCUGAAUUUAAAUUCCGAAACUUUAGGUAAUAAUCUUGUUGCAUUUUAUGUUAAUGAUCACCCUUGGAUAAUCCCAUUCAAAAGCAAUUGGUCACUUUCUUAUAUCUAUGAACAGACCAUAACUGUUGAAAAUUCUAGUUAUUUUAUUACGUAUAUUACGUAAAACUUAUUAACAAAAUUCCUUUUUCUUAAAUAUCAUAAUCACGUUGGCAGCACGGUAGGACCAUUUUGUUUUCUAUUGCAUAUUAUAUUCUUUGAUAUAUGGUCGCCACAAGUUUGAUUCAAAAGACCGUCCUCCGACGCGCAGGUUCGUCUGACGUACGGGACGGUACAGUAGGAAGCGUAGCGGCGGGCAGGUGCGAAAAUUUAUUCCGACGCGUUCCUCGGUUGCAGUCGGUGUUGUCAAGAUCGCAGGUUGUCUGUCGCAGCGCGCGACGAACUUGAAAUUGUGCCGAUUUGUUUUCGGUCGUCGCCGCAUUUUUCGCGGCCUACUUUGAUUCGGUAAAACCGCGGUCGAUAACGGAUCGUCGCAUUGUUUCGCGCGCCAAGCGGGUGGGGGUCGGGUCUUUUUCGACCGGAACGGCCCUGUUUCCGCUUUGCGUUUCACACUUUCGCGCGCGAACGACGACGUGAAAACUGCAUUUAUUUCGCCCUGCGUCUCUCUCGUCGCCGUUUACUCACGGAUGUGCACGCGUUUCAGGCAGCGACGUAGUCGGCCGUUGUCGACGUGUGGGUUUUCCCGGAUUGUUUGAUUCAAUUUCGGCUUCUUCAGUCUCUUUGGCCUUUCCACUGUCUUUGAUGGUACAGUGAUUGAUUUUUGUUUUUUGGUUUUUCGUUCUGGGCAGAUAGUGCUGAUUUGCGGCCUGGAAUUGGAAAAUUACUGCAAUAGGUAAGUUUUGUUGUGGUUCUGAACAUCUGUCACAGCAUUAAUGAGGUCUUCUUUUGUAUAUGCUGGCACAUUUAUCUUGCGCACAUAUUUUCGAAGCAAUUGAAAUAUUUAAAAAAAAUAAAAAGCGUGUUUACAUUUUCCCCAAAAUGAUGUUUUACUUUUGCCCCAUAUUGCAAAAUAUCUGGGGCAAAUAUAAACACUCUUCAAUUGUUUUAGUAAUAAAAAUGGAAUAUUUGAAACCAGUAAAUAAGGAGAAAACAAAGCCUUAAUAAUCCUGAAAGUUCCACUUACUUUGAUGGUAAUUCAUUUACAUACACUUUUAACACUUGUGCUAAACAAAAAAACGAAAUUUUUGCAGUGGUUUGAGAAGUACAUGCAUCGAUCCAAACAAACUCGUCAAAACAACGUGAUUCCUUAAGUACUAGUAGUAGUAGCAGCGUUGCAGUUUGGCGGUAAAUUUAAACCCGUUUUAGGUAGCGUUUACAGUUGCCCCUGUUUACAAUUACCCCGGUUGACCCUACUUAGCUGAAGUUUUCGAAAAUAGUGUUUUUUCAAAAACUGUAGGACUAUGCUGUAUUGUUGAUUAAGUCCGCAACAUCCUGUAUAAUUGGACCUAUCAUAAUUUAUUCAUCAUAGCAAUAAAAUGUACACCACUGUGAUACGAUGUCUUCUUCCGUUGUUCUUCGCGACGGCACUGGCCGACGACCUCCUCGGCAGAGACCGGGAGGCGCAAAUCUCGUCCAAGAUAAGCGUUGGAGACGACAGUGUCGCGUUCCCCGGCCAGAGUCUCGACGGCGACGUUGUUGGCAAACAAUUUCAGGUGUCGCCGGAAGGCGGCACUUUCGACGCCGAGCAGCGUCAUUAUCCUGGGUUAGCCGCCAGUCCGAACCUGGAUCAGCAAUACGCCGAACCGUACACCAUAGAAUAUAGGUACCACGAUUUCGACCGUAUGACGAGGUUCUUGAGGCAGACGACCGCGCGGUUCCCGUCGUUGACCGCGCUCUACUCCAUAGGAAAGUCGGUGCAGGGUAGGGACCUGUGGGUAAUGGUGGUGUCCGCCUCUCCUUACGAGCACAUGAUCGGAAAACCGGACGUCAAGUAUAUCGGCAAUAUCCACGGCAACGAGGCGGUCAGUCGCGAGCUGCUGCUCCAGCUCGUUCACUACCUGGUGACAAGUUACAGCACUGAUCCGUACAUACGGUGGCUGUUGGACAACACUAGGAUCCAUAUAAUGCCUUCGAUGAAUCCGGAUGGUUACGAAGUGUCGAAAGAGGGCGCUUGCGACGGCGGCCAGGGAAGGUACAACGCGCGCGGUUUCGACCUGAACCGCAACUUUCCGGACUACUUCAAGCAGAAUAAUAAGAGGACCCAGCCGGAAACGGAAGCCGUUAAGGAGUGGGUGUCCAAGAUACAGUUCGUGUUAUCGGGAAGUUUGCACGGCGGCGCCCUCGUCGCCAGCUAUCCUUUCGACAACACUCCGAAUUCGCGAGUGUGCGCGUCGUCGGUCCUUUGCGCCCUGUUUACUUCGUACGCGUCGAGUCCGUCCCUGACCCCGGACGAUGACGUCUUCAAACAUCUCGCUCUGACGUAUUCGACCAACCACGCCAAGAUGAGUCGCGGGGUGUCGUGCAAAUCAUCGCAGACUUCGUUUAAGAGGGGCAUAACGAACGGGGCCGAAUGGUACCCCCUGACGGGGGGCAUGCAAGAUUAUAACUACGUGUGGUACGGGUGCAUGGAGGUGACCUUGGAAGUGUCCUGUUGUAAGUUCCCGCCCGCGCACGAGCUGCCCAAAUACUGGGAGGACAACAAGGCGGCCUUGAUCAAGUAUCUGGCGGAGGCGCACAGGGGCGUGCACGGAUUUGUAGCCGAUGAGGGCGGCAAUCCCGUCGAGAAGGCGUCGCUGAAAGUAAAAGGUCGAGACGUCGGUUUCCAGACAACCAAGUACGGCGAGUUUUGGCGCAUCCUGCUGCCCGGCGUCUAUAGACUCGAGGUGUAUGCAGACGGUUACGUGCCAAGGGAGGUGGAGUUUAUGGUGGUCGAGCAGCACCCCACCCUGCUCAACGUCACUCUUCACGCGGCCAAGAGAAAAGAUGGCAAUUACUACCGACCGCAGCAGCAAUCGACGUUCAGUCGACCCCACUACCACGCUACUAGACCCGUCCCCCAAGAGAGUAAUAUAUUUUCGUCAAUCAGUAGCGGAAUAUCUAACGUAUUUAACUAUUUUGGUUAACGGCGGAAUGUCUAACCGAAAUACACUUAAUCGCAAGUCUUGCCACGUAGAUCAAAUUCGGAAAAAAAUUGACGACAAUCCCCCUCGGCAAUAAAAAAAAUCCUCGAGUUUUAGUUCCCUUUCUCAGGAAAUCGAGCAAAUUUACUAUUUAUAUCCCUUUUAUUUUUAUACGAUUUUUUAGUCAUAGAAUACUUUAUUUAUUUGUUUGUUUUCACAAUAAAAAGUGAUC